ACAAGUUCGCCUAUAGGUCUGUUAUAUUCCCAGCCUGAAAAGAAAUCUUCGUGACAACACGUCCGUCCUCAAACGACAACGCAAUCGCAACCAUGGGUGACGCCGGACUUCCUCAAUCUCUCCAGGAGAGCGUGGAGAGCACAAAAGUUUCGUACGCCCAGCUGGGCCAGUCGGGUCUGCGUGUCUCGAUUCCUAUCCUUGGUGCCAUGUCUUUCGGCCACAAGGACUGGCAACCAUGGGUGAUCGACGACGAAGCCGAAGUCGACAAACUCCUCAAAGGAGCCUACGACCGCGGCCUUAACACCUGGGACACAGCCAACGUCUACUCCAACGGUGUUUCCGAGAAAAUGAUCGGCGAAACCAUCAAAAAGCACAAGAUCCCACGACACAAACUCGUCCUGCUGACAAAAUGCUUCGGCACUGUCGGCGAGGAGCCCGAUGUCGUGCACAUCAAGUACGCCGACGCCAUCAAGAAGAGCAAAGACUACGUCAACCAAGGUGGUUUGAGCCGUGCCGCGAUAUUCAAUGCCGUCGACGCGAGUCUUGAACGUCUCGAUACUCCAUACGUCGACUUGCUUCAGAUUCAUCGUUUCGACAAGUCAGUGCCAGUCGAGGAGACGAUGAAGGCGUUGCACGAUCUUGUUCAGUCUGGCAAGGUCCGAUAUAUCGGUGCAUCCAGCAUGUGGGCCUACCAAUUUGCCAAACUCCAAUCCGCCGCCGAAAAGAAUGGCUGGACCAAGUUCAUAUCCAUGCAGAAUCACUACAGUCUGUGCUACCGCGAAGAAGAGCGCGAAAUGAUCCCCUUCUGCCACGAGACUGGCGUGGGACUGAUCCCCUGGGCACCACUGUACCGCGGCCUCUUGGCUCGACCUUUGGGAUCCGACACAACGACUCGCGAGGAGAGCAUGAAGGGCAACCCCAUGUUCUCAGGCCUCAACGAGGAAGACACUACGAUCAUCAAACGUGUGCAGGAGUUGGCGGAGAAGCACGGAUGGAAACAAUCCCAGGUGGCGCUUGCGUGGAUCAUUCAGAAGGGCACGAUCCCCAUUGUGGGCUUCAGUAACUUGAACAGAUUGGAGGAGGCGGUUGCUGUGAGGGGCAAGACGCUGACUGCGGAUGAGAUCAAGUACCUUGAGGAACCGUACAAGCCUAAGGCUAUUGUUGGACAUCAGUAGUUCAGACAAAGCAGAUGGACGCCAGCAAUUGUCGCUGUCAGGGACAUUUAAGUAGAGACUGCUGAGGCGAGGCUGAGGAGAACAAAAUCAAAACACUGUGAAGUAACACGAAGCAGAGAUUCCCUGUCUUACUGCAUAGCGACGACCUUCUCUUAGGCUAUCGAUUUCAAGAUCUUAGUUCCCACAUCGCCCGUCAUGGUAUGUCCAGAUAUAUAUUGGU